GUUGUACAUGUUAAAGAUCCCUGGAAAGAAUUAACAGAUUUACAGGAUUUGAACUGUUCAGCUGUGGCCACCAGUCCACCAAUACCAGGAGGUAUCAAUGCUAUUGAAGAAAAUGAUGAAGUAAGAGCUGCUGCUAGUUUUGCUGCUGAUGAGAUCAACGUUGAAAACAGAAGGCCGGACGUUAAUGGACAGAAAUGGUUUACUUUGACCAAAAUAAACAGCCCCACCCACCAGGUUGUUGUGAGUGGUUAUAUGUAUAGAAUGGAGAUUGUAUUAAAACAAUCAGAGUGUUUAAAUAUUGACAGAAAUCUCGGUUCCUCGGUUAUAGAAUGUCCACCAGUUCAGGGCGGAGUAACGAGACGAUGUCGAGUUAAAGUUUAUCAACACUGGGGAAACGGUUAUAGUUUAGAAUCAUCUGAUUGUACUGUGAAUUAA